AUGAGCUUAUCCAAGAAGGAUAAAGCGGUAGAUGUUCCAACAGAUGACGAUACGAGCCUGCAUCAAUUCACCGAUGAAAGCGGAGCGCCAGCUACCUUGCCAGAGGUGGGAAACGGUGGAGAAGAGAGUAAGAUGAAAGUGUUGUUGGGCUUAAUGAAGAAGUUGAUGGGCGUGAAAGAUGUCGCCAACCUUCGAAUCUCGCUUCCAGCAUCACUCCUGGAACCCAUACCUAACCUCGAGUAUUGGCAGUAUGCUGAUCGAGCCGAUAUUUUUGCUGCUAUCGGUGACUCGGAUAACGAGGUAGAUCGGAUGCUGGCGGUACUCAGGUUCUCCUUCAGUAAAGAGUUGAAAUUCAUCAGAGCGCGAUUGGGAAAACCGUAUAACUCGGCUCUCGGGGAACACUUUCGCUGUUCUUGGAGAUUGCCCCCCAUAGUCAUCGACAAGGAAACAGGUGAACCUGUUAUUAGAACACAUAUUCAUGUCCCUAUACCCGGAGAACCAGCGUAUGGUGGGCAAGGUGGCAGCGGUUGGACUACACCUGUACUAGGUCCUGAGCACGGUGGGAGGACAAACAGUGAAGCCAGUUCUUUCGUAUCGACGUCAUCCAAAGCGUCAAAAAAAUCCCCGGCGAUAGGAUACAAGCAGGGUAACAAAUCAACCGAUACUAUUAGUGUCAAUAAAACGAUUCCUGGGCCUGGGGAUGAGAUAGAGUCAGAUCCUGACGCGGGUGUAGUAGAGUCUGAGAAAGUCACGGUGGUAUUCUUGUGCGAACAAGUAUCACAUCAUCCGCCCAUCUCAGCUUACUAUUAUACGUGUCCUGAGAAGGGCAUUGAAGGUUAUGGAAUGGAUCAAAUAUCAGCUAAGGUAUCGGGAAUGUCUGUAAAGGUCGGGCCUGGUGCAAGCAAUCGAGGGAUAUUCCUCAAAAUUGCGCGAGAAGGUCCUGGACAAGGAGAAGAAUAUCAAAUCACGCAUCCUUCCGCUUCUGUGAAUGGUAUCCUAAAGGGGUCAUAUUAUGGAACCAUAAGCGACCAGAUCCAAAUAAACUGCCGAGGAGGAGAGAAAUCAAAAACGAAAUUACGUGCUUUGAUAGAUUACAAAGACGAGUCGUGGAUCGGUAAACCCAGAUUCUUGUUGGAUGGUGUCAUUUAUAGAUACAUAGUUGGCAAUGAGCUUGAAGAAGGUUGGACAAAGCCAAAGCAAGUACCGGCAGACAAGAUUGUCGCGAAUGUAGAGGGAAGCUGGAUGAAGGAAGUUAGAUAUAAGCUGAAAGGUUCUAAGGAAUGGAAAACCCUGCUCGAUCUCGAUCUCCUUGCCCUCAUUCCCAAAGACGUUCGACCGCUUGAAGAACAGGAUGAGCAGGAGUCACGUAGAUUAUGGGACCCCGUUACUCAGCAAUUGGUGGGAAAAAAUUGGGGAGAAGCUACUAGACAGAAACAGGUCAUCGAGCAGCAGCAAAGGGAUAAAGCAGCUGCGAGAAAAGCAAAAGGGGAAGACCAUCAGUCUCGGUUCUUCGAGGCUGACUACGAGGACGGUCGACCAAAAUUGUCUCAAGAAGGCAAAAAGGCAAUAGAACAAGAGAUGACUCGGUUGAGUGCAAAGGCCAGGGAAAGAGCAGAGAAUGAGAUAUAG